AGGCUUUAAUUAGGUUUUUGAAUAAAGUUAAAGAGGGCAGGGUACGCAUUAGAACAGUACACAACUGCUUUCAGAUCGAAGCCGGUGCUUUCAGAUGGGGAGGGAUGAGGAGGUCGCCGAUCAUUACUCUGUUUUGGGGUUACCCUCCGGCGAAGAAGGGUCCAAACUGUCGCCGGAAGCGAUACGCAAAGCUUAUUACGCAAAAGCAAAGGCAUUGCAUCCGGACAAGAGACCCAAUUCCCAUAACGCCGCGGCACAUCGGGACUUCCAGAAGCUGCUCAACUCGUACGAGGUUCUCAAGGACGAGAGAACCAGGAAGCGAUUCGAUGACGAAUGCAAGGCGGCGCGUGACGCAAAGCGUAGGAAGGUGGCGGUGGCGACGACAGCGAGUGAUCUCAAGGCCCCGAGCGGGGCCGCGGCCCAGGCGAAAUUUCGGGCCGGGGAAUUACGGUAUGUGCUCGAAGUGACAUGGUCGAAGAAGGAGAGACAGUAUACUCAUGGUGAAUUGAGGGAAUUGCUUGCUGAGUUUGGUGAAGUAAAGUUCGUCUAUGGGAUGGGCUCCAAGAAGAAAGGGCUGGUUGCUUUUGCCAUGACUUCCAGAGAGGCACUUUUAUCUGCCUCUAAGCUUGGGAGAGUAACAUGCACUACUCAAGUUCCCUCCCAGCUCUUCAUCUCAAUACAUCUUUCUUAAUUAUUUAUAUUACUACCUAGCUAUACUACUCCAUAUUAUUUAACCUUGCUCCAUAAUUCAUGCGAAUUGAAGAACACAG